CGGAGAGGACGUCGUGCACGGACGAGCCAGGCAGGUGUUGGGGCUUACACGCUACGUUUUGCGCGUUAAAUCGGGCCCAGAGUGCGUUAACUUUGUGUGGACGAACCUUACGGACCGAAGAACCGGUGACAUCCCCGCGUUUGUACUUUUGUUUUUCCAAACGCGAGCUGCUAGCUUACAUGGUCACCGCGCACGCGCCGUGUGUUGGCUAACAGAACUAAAACAGGUCCUGGUUGGGGACGGGUUCCGUCGGCAUUCAAUCGUAUUGACAGCUGCUUGGUUCCGUGUCCGCGGUGGGUCUGUGCCGUCCACACAUGCAGCCGCUGCCGCUCAGGAGACCCAAGUCCGGGGAUAGAUUCAUGGAGCAGGGCUGAGGUCCGGUGACCCUCCAUCGCGACCAGAACAGACACCGACCCGUUUGAAGCCACCUGAGGCUGUUUCUGCUGCAGAACACCUGCCCGCUGUUUCUGGGGGAACUCGCCCUCCCCCACUCUCAAACCCCACGAGUGGAUCCAUACAGAAGGCUCCGACAUGGUGGUCAACACCAUCCACUGGUUCCGGAAGGGCCUGCGGCUGCACGACAACCCGUCUCUGAGGGACUCCAUCCGGGGAGCCGACACCCUGCGCUGCAUCUACAUCCUGGACCCCUGGUUCGCGGGCUCUUCCAACGUGGGCAUCAACAGGUGGAGGUUUCUGCUGCACUGUUUGGAGGAACUGGAUGCGAGCCUGCGCAAAAUCAACUCGCGGCUGUUUGUCAUCAGAGGCCAGCCUACAGAUGUCUUCCCUCGUCUCUUUAAGGAAUGGCAGAUCACUCAUUUAUCUUAUGAGUACGACUCUGAGCCGUUUGGCAAGGAGCGAGAUGCCGCCAUCCAGAAACUAGCCAGCGAGGCCGGAGUGGAGGUGGUCGUGCGGAUUUCUCACACGCUCUACAAUCUGGACAAGAUUAUCGAGCUGAACGGUGGCCAGCCUCCACUCACGUACAAGCGCUUCCAGGCUCUGAUCAACCGAAUGGACGCUGUGGAGCUGCCUGCAGAGACCAUCACAUCUAACGUCGUUAAGAACUGCCUCAUGCCCGUCAGCGACGACCACGAUGACAGGUUUGGGGUUCCCUCCCUGGAGGAACUGGGUUUCGAGACAGAAGGCCUCACCACAGCGGUAUGGCCAGGUGGAGAAACCGAGGCUCUCAUGAGGCUAGAGCGCCACCUGGAGAGGAAGGCCUGGGUGGCAAACUUUGAGCGUCCACGUAUGAACGCCAACUCCCUGCUGGCCAGCCCCACAGGCCUCAGCCCCUACCUGCGCUUCGGAUGUCUCUCCUGUCGGCUCUUCUACUUCAAACUCACUGAUCUGUACAGAAAGGUCAAGAAGAACAGCACUCCACCGCUGUCCUUGUACGGUCAGCUGCUGUGGAGGGAAUUCUUCUACACAACCGCUACCAGCAACCCCUGUUUUGACAAGAUGGAGGGAAAUCCUAUGUGUGUCCAGAUCCCCUGGGACCGGAACCCAGAGGCUCUGGCCAAGUGGGCCGAGGGACGGACAGGUUUUCCCUGGAUAGACGCCAUUAUGACCCAGCUGAGACAAGAGGGAUGGAUCCAUCAUUUGGCAAGGCAUGCGGUGGCUUGUUUCCUCACCAGGGGGGAUCUCUGGAUCCGCUGGGAAGAAGGCAUGAAGGUCUUUGAAGAGUUGUUGCUGGAUGCAGACUGGAGUGUAAAUGCUGGCAGCUGGAUGUGGCUCUCUUGCAGUUCAUUCUUCCAGCAGUUUUUCCACUGCUACUGUCCUGUGGGGUUCGGACGGCGCACAGACCCAAAUGGCGACUACAUACGACGCUACCUGCCAAUAUUGAGGGGGUUUCCAGCCAAGUACAUCUAUGAUCCUUGGAAUGCCCCAGAGGAAGUGCAGAAGGCCGCCAAGUGCAUCAUAGGAGUCCACUACCCCAAGCCCAUGGUGAACCACGCUGAGGCCAGCCGCGUCAACAUAGAGAGGAUGAAGCAAAUCUACCAGCAGCUGUCCUGCUACAGAGGACUAGGCCUUCUGGCAACAGUACCUGCCAAUCCCAACAGCAGUGCAAAUGGCAGCAGUGUGGGCGGAGUCAACCCAGGGACCAACCAGGGCGCCAGAGGGUCCUCCGAAGAGCCUUCCCUGCAGGAGGGAACGUCUCAGACAGACAGAGGACAGUCCAUUCAGAAGCGCCGCCGUGAAGAGACUCCACCUGAAAGCAGCUCCAAAGUGUGGAAGCAGAGCAAAUAGGGUUGAACAGGUCCCUCCAUCCAUCCGUGUCACGUGGGCGGCGGCGUCUCCUGCUAACUACCAAACAGUGAUGUCUGUAGCUCACAGCGUGGUGGAGAUAGGAUGGAUCUGCCCUGUGCUGCUGGCUCCUUAUCUGAAGAAGUCCCUAUAGCGCCUAAUACUUAGACUGUGAGCAGCUCCAGAUGACGGUCAGCUGGUACCACGUUCUGAUCACAGUGACAUGCUAACAGGAGUUCUGGAGGUCGUACUUUACCUCUCAGUGAGAGAAGGACCACGUUUCUAAAGUCUCGACAUCAGGUUGUUGAGGCCGUCUCUCGUCUUCCACUACAGUAUGGAACUGUAGAAGUGAUGAAACCACGAACCAGGGCUGCUCUCCUCUCAACACCCCACGUUUGUACGGUUCAGACGUCACCAGGACACAGUCGACACAUGAAACACCAUCGGUCCAGUCGUCAGGUGUUCGCUCAGCCCGAUCUCAGCAGCGCCGCUCAGUGACCUGACCGCCUCAGCUUCCACACCGGAGUGAGAAAAUGGCAGAAUGUGACAUGAUUCCCAGAGUACUGGAGGUUUGUUGUGUGGAGCGGACCGGCUGACAUCAGCUGAACCGGAUUGAACCCUGACAUGAGAAAACGGACCUGAUCAACAGUGUUUCAUGUACAGAAGAUAAAGUCGUGGGUGUGAAUCAUGUGAGUAACAGAACAUUCAGCAGCCGGACCAUGAGUCAGGCUUUGCUGAAGGCCGUCACACACUUUGUACAUACCCGGGUUUGAUUUCCAACUUUUGUAUAUUUGGUCCUAGAGUUUGACAGCUCCUUUGUAAAUAACGUCACCACGACCUGAAAGUCCUCCCGUCAACGUUUUGUCUCCCAUGUGAUCGUAAAUCUAUUAUUUUUGUAUAAAGAAUGACCAAAUUCUAAAUGUAUUGAAAUCAUAAUAAAAUACAAAAUGCUGCAUCAUC